ACCUUGCUGGGGCAUUUCGCUCCGCUUGUGCAACCGCAGCAGCCAUCCAGCAAGAUGAUCGGGGCCCUGCUCCUGCUCCUCUUCCUCCCCUUUUUCCUGUACAUCGCUGCACCCCAAAUCAGAAAAAUGCUGUCUAGCGGGGUGUGUACAUCAACUGUCCAGCUUUCUGGGAAGGUGGCUAUGGUCACUGGAGCCAACACAGGCAUUGGAAAGGAGACAGCCAAAGACCUGGCUCAAAGAGGAGCCCGCGUGUAUUUAGCUUGCCGGGAUAUCCAAAAGGGGAAAUCGGUGGCCAGAGAGAUCCAGACCUUGACAGGGAACCAAGAGGUGUUGGUUCGGCAACUGGACUUAGCUGAUACUAAAUCUAUUCGAGGCUUUGCUAAAGAUUUCUUAGCAGAGGAAAAGCAUCUUCACAUUUUGAUCAACAAUGCAGGAGUGAUGCUGUGUCCCUACUCUAAGACAGCAGACGGCUUUGAGAUGCACAUGGGAGUCAAUCACUUGGGUCACUUCCUGCUGACCCAUCUGCUGCUAGAGAAGCUGAAGGAGUCAGCCCCAUCAAGGAUAGUGAAUGUGUCUUCCCUAGCGCAUCACCUGGGGAGGAUCCACUUCCAUAACCUGCAGGGUGAGAAGUUCUACAAUGCAGGUCUGGCCUACUGUCACAGCAAGUUAGCCAACAUUCUCUUCACCCAGGAACUGGCCCGGAGACUUAAAGGUUCUGGCGUUACGACGUAUUCUGUACACCCUGGCACAGUCAACUCUGAAUUGGUUCGGCACUCAACUUUCAUAAAGUGGAUGUGGUGGCUUUUCUCCUUCUUCAUCAAGACCCCUGAACAGGGAGCCCAGACCAGCCUGUACUGUGCCAUAACAGAAGGUCUUGAGAUUCUAAGUGGGCAUCAUUUCAGUGACUGCAGUGUGGCAUGGGUCUCUGCCCAGGCUCGGAAUGAGACAAUAGCAAGACGGCUAUGGGACGUCAGUUGUGACCUGCUGGGCAUCCCCAUGAACUAACAGGUGGCAGCCGUUGGACUCAAGUCUACAGCAGACUACUCAGUACUCCCUGCCAAAAUGAUUCUCCUUCAUCGUGACCAAACUAUUCAGUGCAAAGAAAACAAAUCUUCCAGCCUUUCCUACUUGAUGUCUGACAGAAGCCCAGAGUACAUUGCCAGAUUGAUCAAAACACCUUGCAUUACUUCAGAUUUACUUUGCCCUUGUUACUGCCAGAGUUACAAGAGAUAUCAUAGGAUAAGAUCUUCAGAUGACCUGGAAGCUGAUAUUUGCUGUCUGAAACCUACUACCUAGGAGAAUCUUAGCUAUGGCAAGGUCAAUUUAUGGUAGUUAGGAUUAGUUUCUACUCUCUUUGUUCACAAACAGUACCUCCCAACCACCAUCCAACCUUCAUUUCAAGAGGGCCACACUGCAGCCUCAGCUCAACUCUGAGUCACAGUGGCUUGGCUCAAGAGCAGGGCUCACCCCUCACCUAUUAAGAAAACCAUCAUAUGCCAACAUCUGGAUUCUUUCAGAAAACUCUUAACUAAAUCUGGAUUAUGGCCUGGCUUUAUCUCUUGACAACCUAAAGCCACUGCUAUUAAGACUUUCCAAUAUCUAGACCACAGAGAAGAGCUUCCUUUUCUAAGAAGUUUGUGGGGUUUGGAGGAUGGCAGAAAUUCGGGGGAAGGCAGAAAUAAAAAUCAAGUUUAAACUGUCAUUUUCUUAGUUUCUCAGUCCAGCAAGUGGGUAAAGAAAGGAGCAGUAUGGGAAGAUGGACCAUCUACUUGACUUUAGUUACUGACCACAGACCCAUGGAGGCCUUUUUGUGCCUUAGUUUCUCUUAGAAAACCAGAAGAAGAAAAAGGCUAUUUGGUGAUUGUCACUGAACUUAUCUUUGUGUUCUCAUGUAGUGACACAGUUGGGCUUAUUUUCACAAAAUUCAAAAUAACUACAAAGGAAGAGUAUUAAACGACCCUGGUGCAGGCAAAUGUUCAAAGAUGGAGCAAACAGUGUCAUCCAGUCUUUGAUACAAAUGAGUAGACCUGCAAAGGAAAGUCAGUUCUGUAUAUGUGGUUAACUACUUACCCAGAAGCAUAUGGGUGGCAGGGAAGAAGUCUAAAACAGAGAAAAAUCCUGGAAGAUAAUGCAUGCAGUAAAGGGACUAGUUAAGGAUUAAAAAAAAAAAAAAAACAAAAAACC